AUGCACGAUAGUCUUAGUGAGGAUGGAAAUGUAUUUAUCAGCCUUGGCGUCUGUGCCAUGGCCAAGAAAACCAAGUCGAAGCCAAUGAAGGAAAUCCUUCGGCGUCUAGUGAAAUUUCAGCACAUUCGUGUGAUUGUUUUCGAAGAGAGAAUGAUCUUGAAGCAACCGAUAGAAGCAUGGCCUGUGUGUGAUGCUCUGAUCAGCUUUUACUCAGAUGGGUUUCCUCUACAGAAGGCUAUUGCAUAUUCAAAAUUGAGAAGGCCUUACUUAGUGAAUGAUCUAGAAGCACAGUACGUUUUAAUGGAUAGAAAAAGAGUUUAUGAGUGUCUUCAGUCGGAGGGCAUCCCAGUUCCUCGAUACGCCUGUGUGGAAAGGAGUGAUCCGAAGAAUCCUGUUAAUGUUAUCGAACACGAUGAUGCUAUCGAGAUAGAUGGCGAGGUAUUUCACAAACCCUUUGUCGAAAAGCCCUUGAAUGCGGAAGACCACAACAUCUACAUCUAUUUUCCAAGUAGUGCGGGCGGUGGAAGCCAGCGUCUAUUUCGAAAAGUUGGGGAUCGAAGUAGCAAAUACUUCCAGAUCAGUACAAUUCGGACUGAAGGAUCGUACCUGUAUGAGGAAUUUAUGCCGACCGACGGGACGGAUGUAAAAGUCUACACUGUUGCUGACGAUUAUGCACACGCUGAGGCUCGCAAGUCUCCUGCUCUCGACGGCAAAGUGGAACGAGACAGCGAAGGUAAGGAGAUUCGUUACCCAGUCAUACUGACGCCACGAGAGAAGAUAAUCGCCAAGAAGGUAGCAAAAGUGGUUAAACAGCAGAUUUGCGGUUUUGACCUUCUUCGCGCCAACGGCAUGUCCUACGUGUGUGACGUGAACGGUUUCUCCUUUGUGAAGACCUCGCGAAAGUACUACGAUGACUGCAGCCAUGUUUUGGGUGUACUAAUUACCCGGGUGAUAGCGCCUCGUCUGUGUCCAACAGGAAUGGGGCCCUGGAUUACACCCGGCACUGACGAUGACAUACCUUUAGUGCCUACGACCUGUGGCACUAUCAUGGAGCUCCGAUGUGUUAUUGCUGUUUUUCGACACGGAGAUCGGACGCCGAAACAGAAAAUGAAGAUGGAUGUGCGUGACGAACGCUUUUUCAAAUUAUUCAAGAAGUACGCUGGUGAACGAACUCUCGAACUAAAGCUAAAAAAACCCACUCAGCUGCAGGAAGUCCUUGACAUCGUCCGUGAUAUCCUCGAUGACAUUGAAAGCGGAAAAUUGAAGAACUCUGAGCUCGAGGAGAAAAAAGCCAAGUUUGAACAACUCAGGUACGUUCUCGAGAUGUACGGUUCCUUCAGUGGCAUCAAUCGAAAAAUACAACUCAAGUACCAGCCAAACGGGAGAGUCGUUAGCACAUGUAAAAAGAAGGAAAGUGGCAAAAAUGGAACGGAAGACAAGAACUCGGUUUCCUUAGGCGAUAAACUGAAUCGCAGUCGGUCGGGUAAAAGCACAACCCCUUCUCAAGGCAAAGGACUGCUCACUGCUGGGCGCGAAGAGAACGAAGUUGACAACGUUCAGUCUCCAGACGCUGCUGUUUGCUCUUCGGGAGCAACAGUUGAUGGGGACCCUUGUAUCCUUCUAGUGGUUAAAUGGGGUGGCGAACUUACAGCGGCGGGACGCCAACAGGCGGAGGAUCUAGGUCGGGCCUUCCGAUGCAUCUAUCCCGGCGGCGAUGGCAAUUACGGCAAAAAUCCUGGUCUGGGGCUGCUCCGCCUGCACUCCACUUAUCGCCACGAUCUAAAAAUCUACGCCUCCGACGAGGGCCGCGUCCAAAUGACUGCCGCGGCUUUUGCUAAGGGAUUUCUUGCACUGGAGGGAGAGUUGCCGCCGAUCCUCGUGCAAAUGGUUAAAAGCGCCAAUACCAACGGGCUACUGGACAAUGACAAUGACUGUCACCAGUAUCAGCAGAUGGUUAAGAAACGCAUCAAAAAGGUGAUGGCGUACAAAGGUGUGUGGGGUGAAGAGCAUCGACAGGCUCUGGCUCCCACAGGAGCAAAAUCUCUACUGAACGCCAUGGAUUUCGUGCGCAAUCCGACGGAGGCGUGCGCUAAAUUGUUUGGCUAUGUACAGAGAUUAGCUAACCGAGUGGCAAUGAUGACCGCCAACCCACGCGAAAGGGCAAAAGUGGCUCUGUAUCAUAAUGAAUCUUGGGAUCUCUUGCUCAGGCGUUGGGGAAAACUAGUUAAGGAUUUCCGUUCUCCUAGUGGUGACUACGACGUCUCAAAACUGCCUGACAUUUAUGAUAACAUCAAGUAUGAUAUUCAGCAUAACUCGGGUAUUUUAAUCGAAUCGGAAAUGCUUGACUUCUUCAGCCUGGCACGCGCACUCGCAGACAUUGUGGUACCCCAGGAAUAUGGUAUUACCAAAGAGGAGAAGCUCGUCAUCAGUCAGCGCAUUUGUACACCUCUAUUGCGGAAAAUCCUCUCCGACGCCCGUUACACCGACGUUGACGAAUGCACCCGUUUGCAUGCUGGUUAUUCGAAAGGGGUCGCGUCUCCGGAGCGCUUUGUGCGAACUCGGCUCUACUUCACUAGCGAAAGCCAUCUCCACUCCAUUCUGACCUGCUUGCAGCACGGUGGACUGGCGGACGCUGCCACGGACGAGCAAUGGAAACGCGCCAUGGACUACGUGAGCACGGUACCAGAACUCAACUAUUUGUCUCAAGUUGUUAUCAUGAUUUACGAGGAUCCAACUGUGGAACCGAAGACAGAAAAGAAAUUCCACGUAGAAUUGCACUUCAGUCCCGGAGCGCACGCCCUUUGUCGAGAUCUUCCGGCUGGUUCCGGUUUUAGACCUGGACGUCGUGAGACCAGUCUAUUGAGUAGUUCUACAUCUUUGGCGGAGACUAGUUUUGAUUCUGCGAGCGAGCAAACCGGUGUGGACGGGACUCUAACGCACUCUUCGCCAACUUCAGCCGCCACAUUUUCACAGGGCCACAAAAAAGCUGCCCUUCCUUCGCGUUCCCCAAAUUCACGUGCUCAAGUAAUAAGCAAACAGUGUUUUUCGGCUUGUCGAAGCCUCUGUAUUGAUAGAUCGCUACCUGCAGACUUGCACGAAGUAGGUCGGGCAACUGAGUCGUCUGCCACGUCCGCCUGUGCCCAACCGCCGGCCAGGAGUCAUGCCGAUAAGCAUCGAAAAAAUGUGCGAAUAUCUCGACAAACCUCCGUUGUGUAUCGUCCACCAGCACUUCAAUCGGGGCUGUGCUACGCGGACGUUGUGAACCAAGAUGCGGUGUUGGGCCAUCGUUCAAGAAUGCAGGAACUCUGGCUUGAGAAUACUCGCAACUUGCAUAGACAAAGCCAGCGUGUUCUCAAGAAAGGUACGGAGCGCUCAAUGAGUACCGGUCCUAUGGUUGAGCACGCUUCUACCUCACCGUCGAUACUCACAAGUGAGAAUAAUUCCAGUUGGCACGAUAAAACACUGACUACCGUUUGCAAACCCAUGCAAAGAGCUCUGAAUUCGGACGGAGAUAAUGUAUUAGCAACAAGAUUGAUACCCCCUCACUUUUCACAAACCCGUGGUAGAUUUACAGUGACGUCGCCUCACUUAGACUUACCGGAGAUUUCGGCAUUGAAACCUCCCACCUCUACCGCUCAGUGGAAUCCCUGGUACACUGAUACGAUGGACUUGGAAGACGAUGACGAUAUUGAAACCACUGGUGAGCCGGAGGUAUCCACGUCGCAUUCUACUCUGGAUUUAGCUGUUGUCAACCCCUCCGCAAGUUCUCCUCGCCACUUUUCAGCAACGACACCAGGAUCUCCUGUGAAAUGGAUGUGUCAGAAUCGUGGAUCACCUCCGUGCCUUGUGAACGCACCCGUCGCAAGACGUUUGAGUUUUGGAGACAAGCCGCAGGAAUUUUGCACUCUCCAGUCGAAGUCUUCGUGUCUUGGAGGCGAGGACGCAUCGGUAACAGCUCAGGUUUACACUUCGUUAGACUCCGUGAAGCCGGAUCGAGCUCAAGAACUGUUGGAUCAGGGUGUCCCUGUGGCCCAAUGGCUGAUGGAGUACUUUGAGCAGAUUGAGAAAGCUAAAUGGAGUAAAGGGGGGGAAACCUCCGAAGUGGACCUGGAAGUGGUGGAUUCGCCCAAACAGGCUAAUUAUAAACCCAUUCUUUCCGCAGCCGACUACUUGACAGCGGAUCUCAGCAUGAUUCCGAAGCCCCUUUCAAGCAAUGACACUCGCCGGGGUUCAGUGGAUCAGAUGAUAGCACCAACUGAGAUGUCCGAAGAAGGUACCGUAACGAAUACAGAAGAGAGCCACGCAUCCAUGAGGUCACACGGGGGAUCAGAGGUGCCACCUAAACCGGGAGAAGGAAGUCGAGGUUCUGUGAUCCCUUCCCAGGGUUCCAGUGCUUACUUCCCCGAGCGCCCAACCGAUGCUGCGGCUAAUGUCUCAGUUAACGACAUCGUUGCUAGGGAGCUAAACGCCCUAACCUAUCCAAAUCGCCAAGUGCAGAUCGAUUUGAAAGGUGAGGAUGCACAUUUUUUAAACCUCAAUCAGUUGCGCGCCUUGACGCAGGGUGAUCAGCUCAUUUGGGCACUCGGACCUCUCUAUAGACUGCGUGACAUGUCGUUUCCUGAAUUCCAGCUCCAUUCUCUGCUCAAGAUUGUCUACUACCUACCAGAAAAUCUGAAUUCACCAUGUCCUACACGGCGUGUACGCGGUCUUAUAAGCACUGCUGUGAUUCGUGGUUCCCGGGACACCUACUCAAGCAGUGUCCCAGAUCUCAUUCAACUACUUAACUGUUCGGAUAGUGGUGGUCACUCCCAGGUUGAAACUCCACAAAAUCCGUCGGAUCUCAUGGUACCGAGCGCGCCCAGUGUGCCGGAGAUUUAUCCCUUAGAAACUUUGCACAACGCGAUGACGCUGCACCAACUAGAGAGUUUCUUUGCACGUCUCACGACUACAAAGUUUCCUUCGCCAUUCACAUCACCUCGUCUCUCGUCAGCCGGUGGAGCUCUGCCGCCGACAGAGCGCACCAACAUGGCCGUGAAUGAAGCGCCAAACACGCGCUACAUGAACAUCAUCACACCCACGACAUUCACAAAUGAUGCCGACGACAGGGCAACGUCUGCUGCUGGUGAGCCUCAAUCCAAGGCUUCCUGGCUCAUCAGUCGACGUGUAGAAAGACGUUCGCUGUCGGAACCGGGUGCCACAAUAGCCACCCCCAAUGGGUCACCCGGCACGGCAGAGUUGAAGCCACUAGUGAAGACAGGGAGCUUCUCGUCCAGGAAAGAUGACUCUGUUGCUAUGUCCGCUACAGCAUCACCUAUGUAG